GUUCGCGGGCGAUCGAGAGGGGUGCUGUGCUUCGGACCCCCGGUUGUUGAGCUGGCCUCCUUCUAGGGUCCUUCCGCCAGGAGAGGACAGGUGAUCGGACAGCUCUCCUCCUCCCUUUUUAUGUAAGGAUGGCCCAGAAGGAGAACGCCUACCCCUGGCCCUACGGCCGGCAGACGUCUCAGUCAGGCCUGAAUACCCUGCCUCAGAGAGUCCUCCGCAAGGAUCCUACCAUCCCAUCUGCACUUGUCUUCAUGAAUCGCACCAACGGGCAGCCCCCAGCUGCUCCUGGCCAGAAAGUGUUGGAAAACAGCAAUGGGGUCCCCAACUUCAUCCGGCCCCUCACGAUCGAUGACUUUGAAAUUGGGCGUCCUCUGGGCAAAGGCAAAUUUGGAAAUGUGUACUUGGCUCGUGAGAAGAAAAGCCAUUUCAUCGUGGCGCUCAAGGUCCUCUUCAAGUCUCAGAUUGAGAAGGAGGGUGUGGAGCACCAACUACGCAGGGAGAUCGAGAUCCAGGCCCAUUUGCAGCAUCCCAACAUCCUGCGGCUCUACAACUAUUUCUAUGACCGGAAGAGGAUCUACUUGAUUCUGGAGUACGCUCCCCGAGGAGAGCUGUAUAAGGAACUACAGAAGAGCCACACGUUUGAUGAACAGCGAACAGCCACGAUCAUGGAGGAGUUGUCGGAUGCUCUGAUGUACUGCCACGGGAAGAAGGUGAUUCACAGAGACAUAAAGCCAGAGAAUCUGCUCUUAGGGCUGCAGGGAGAGCUGAAGAUUGCUGACUUUGGCUGGUCUGUGCACGCUCCCUCCCUGAGGAGGAAGACAAUGUGUGGCACCCUAGAUUACCUGCCCCCGGAAAUGAUUGAAGGGCGCACGCACAACGAGAAGGUGGAUCUGUGGUGCAUUGGGGUGCUCUGCUAUGAACUUCUGGUGGGGAACCCCCCCUUUGAGAGCGCCUCCCACAACGAAACAUACCGUCGGAUUGUCAAGGUGGACCUGAAGUUUCCCCCCUCGGUGCCCUUGGGGGCCCAGGACCUCAUCUCCAAACUGCUCAAGCAUAACCCCUCUGAUCGGCUGCCGCUAGCCCAGGUCUCCGCUCACCCUUGGGUCCGGGCCCACUCUCGGAGGGUGCUGCCUCCCUCUGUCCCUCAGCCUGUCUCCUGAUUGUCCCUGUCAUAGACUCCAGUGGCAUCUGUAUAUCUGUGUAUAUGUAAGGAGGAAGGGGGUUUAUCUGUUUUUCUGUUUUCUGUAUCCUUUUUA